AGAGAGUCAACCUGUGGAAACCGCGAUGAACAGCUGAUCCUCCCGCAGUGGAUAAGAACUACCACGAUGGUCUCCGACAGGUCAUGAUGUCCAGUCCUAUGCAUGGCACUAUGUAAAUAGUUAUUGGACAAACAGAAAAAGGAACUUAAAACAAGAAGAAAAUAGAAGAGUGAACAUACUUUUUUGGGGCCUCAAAUUAAUAAUAACCUGUUUGAUUUUGCCCGGAUUGGACAUAUUGUGCGCUGCUCGUGCGCCACCGACUCUCCAUCAUGUUGUUGCCAGGCGCUAUUGUCUUCACUUUUUCUUGCUUUUUGGCCCCACUGUUCCUCUUUUACCUGCCUCAAGUCUCAGCACAGAAGCCUGGAUCGCGGUGGCUGAUUGGAGAGAGAGACAGUCACUGCGGGACUAUCUGUUCACGGACACUCGGGAAGCAGGUGUGUGGAUCAGAUGGGCGGACCUAUGAGACAAACUGUGAGCUACAGAGGGCCCGCUGCAAAGAUAAAACACUGACAAUGGCACACAGAGGAAGGUGUCGAGUGAAGUUUCCGUUUCCAGUGGGUCUAUCACCAACUUCUUCAACUGAGGGGAGAGACCCAGAAUCUAAAGAUGCUGGUCAGUCAAAGUGCCAUGUUGAGAGGAACCAGGCUCUGGAACAAGCCAGGAGGCCCCAGGAGUCCACGUUUAUCCCAGAAUGCAAUGAGGAUGGAACAUUUGCCCAGGUCCAGUGCCACACUCUGACAGGGUACUGCUGGUGUGCCACCACCGAUGGGAAGCCUGUGAGUGGUUCCUCUGUACACAACAGGAGGCCUGUGUGUUCAGGAAACUUCAGUGAAAAUAUGGGAACUCAUGCUGGAAGGAGUGGAUUCUCAGUUAGGUCAGUAACUGAUAAACCACCUGGGCCCCCAAACACGGGUAGAAAAGGAAUGCUCCAGAUGCUACGAAACUGCACACGGGUCUCCUUCCGUUUCUUUCUCACUCUCAACCCAGACGAUGGCUCCAAGCCCACACCCACCAUGGAGACCCACAUCACCUCUGAGGGUGAGGGCAUAACAGCUCCUACACUAUGGAGAAAACAUCUGGGGUACAUGGAGAAUAAGCAAAACAGCUCCACUUUCAGAAGGCAAGAAAAGGUUCCCUCUUGUGACCAGGAGAGACAGAACGCCCUGAAUGAGGCUCAGCAGAGUUCUCGGGAGGCCAUUAUCAUUCCAGACUGUGGGUCUGGAGGUCUUUACAAACCAGUCCAGUGCCACCAGUAUACUGGUUACUGCUGGUGUGUUUUAGUGGAUACAGGACGGCCCAUCCCUGGAACUUCAACCUUAUACAAGACACCGGAGUGUGACGAAGAUGCACGGUCUCACACCGCAGACGUGGAGGACCCGUUCCACGACAGGCCCCUACAAGGCUGCCCGGAUGGGAAGAAGGGGGAAUUCAUUACAAGCUUGUUAGAUGCUCUCACAACCGACAUGGUGCAAGCCAUAAACUCACCAGCCCCAUCUGGUGGCGGGAGGUUUGUUGAACCUGAUCCUAAUCACACUCUGGAGGAAAGAGUGGUGAAUUGGUACUUUGCCCAGCUGGAUAACAACGGCAGCAAUGACAUCAACAAGAAGGAACUCAAACCUUUCAAGAGGUACCUGAAGAAGAAAGCUAAACCUAAGAAAUGUGCCCGCAAGUUCACCGACUACUGUGAUCUGAACAAGGACAAGGCUAUUUCACUGCAGGAGCUGAAAGGCUGCCUCGGUGUCAGCAAAGACGGGAGCUCAAUGACAAGUGGCAGCCAAGGGACAAGGCAAGGGACAAAACAGUUCAUCGGCCGUCUGGGGUGAAGAGGAAGGGAACAGGCUGAAACGAGAGCAAAGGGGACAGAGGCAAAGCAUCUGUACGCUUCCUGAUGGGAACUAAAGACGGAGCUGAAAAAUAAAUAAGUUUCUGAAUUGAAAAAAAGAAGAAAGAAAAAAAGAAAAGAAAAGCAACAAAGCGGCGCCAAAAUAUUUGCACUUUUUCCUCCCUAUGUCUGACAUAUUACUUGCUUUUACGUGUUUUUUUUUUUUUACCUUGAAAUGACUGGGAAUUCACUAAGUAAGAAUAAGAAUAUAUUUUUGAAGAGAUGACAGGCUCACCAUUGUAAGAGCAUGUAUGUGUAUGUUACCACUUUCCCCCAUGUAUGUUCAGUCUGCUGUUUUGAUUUGUUCAGUCCACAUGUUCCAAAUCCCAGGCAAGUCCAAUUAAAGUUACACCCCCUGUCUACAUGCUGCAGCAGCAGAGAGAUCAGUGGCAAUGGGCUUUGAGUCCCAAGUGUUGCCUGAUAAAAACACUGAACAAUCAAAAUAACUAAAUCAGUGUAAACAGGCAAUUGUAGCUGAACAGCACACAUGUCCAAGGAGUCUAAUUUGUCAACAUAAAAUUAACUCUAUGAAUUCCCCUUGCACUGCACGGAUCAUUUCAGAUGCAUUGGCUUUUUGCCCCCAACAAACAGAUGUUUGUGUCGUAAAUAUUUUUAGUACUUAACUGUGCCGCCCAAAACCAGUGGAAGACAGCUAUGCUAUCUGCACGAAAUGCUUCACACACUCUGCUACUUAAAAAUGGUAGGCAUAGAAAUGGCAAAAAUAGACGACAUACGAGUUUGCAAGAGUACUGGAGCAGUUUAGAAACAAUACCCGUGGUAGUGUAACAUAUCUUUCCUUUAGAAUCCUGUAGGCGAUUGUGCAAUGUUAAAGCUGCACUGGGUAGUGUGAGCAAAAAGAGGGGUGCAGGAUCUAGAAAAUCAUCAGUUAUAAAAUUGCUUUCUUGGUUGCUUCCUCACUAAAGUAAUGCUAUCCACUUUUAGCCCUACCAACUCUCUGAAGUAUACUGGCACAUCUGUCCAUCUAAACAGCCAUGUAGUUUGGAUGGUUGUGCCCUAAACGUUUAUGCAGAUUUUGUCAUGUCACAACUUCAGUGUAUUUCAUUGAGAUUUAAUGUGCCAGAUUUACAUGAGGUAGGCCUAGUGCAUAAUUGUGAAGCAGAAGGAAAAUUAUACAUGGUUUUCAAGGUUUUUAUUAGAAAAUUGUGCAUAUGUAUUCACCCCCCUGAAUUACUGUUUAAAACUGUUUCUACCUAUCUUUCCACAUCUAGAGACUAGAAUUUCCUCCCAUUCUUCUUUCCAUAACAGGUCAAGAUCAAUCAGAUGGGAUGCUGAGCUUCUGUGAACAACAGGUCUUGCCACAAAUUCUAAAUUGGAUUUUUGUCUGUGCUUUGACUGGGCCAAUCUAACACAUGCUUUUGUCUAAAAACACUCCAUGGUAGUUCAGGCUGUAUGUUUUGUGUCGCCCUGAUGGAAGGUGAACCUACAACCUAGUCUCAAGUCUGUUGGAGCCUCUAACAGGUUUGCUUUCAUGAUUAUUUUUAGCUCCAGCCAUCAUCCUAUUACCUCUGACCAACUUCCCUGAUUCUCUUGAGGCAAAGCAUCCCCACAGCAUGAUGUUGCCACCACCAUAUCUCAAUGUGGGAAUGCUGUAUUUAGGCUAAAAGGAAGUGUUUUCUUCCACAUAUACUGUUUAUUCUUGCAAUAUUGUUUUAUAACCUUACCCUGCUUUAAAACAUCUUCACAACUUUUGUCCCUGACCUGUCUGGCGUGUCCCUUGGUCCUCCUGAUGGAAUUUGUUCACUAAUGUUCUCUUACAAACCUCUGAGGCCUUCACAGAGCAGCUGUUUUCAUAAAUUGUGCACACGGGGAUCUAUUUUACCAAUUAGGUGAUUUCAGAUGGCAGUUGAUUACACUGGAUUCUUAUUUAAAUAUCAGAGUAAAAAAGGGGGGCUGAAUGCAAAUGCACACCACGCUUUUCAGAUAUUUUUAUUUUUUACAUGGUUAUUGAACUAUGUAUCAUUUUUACUUCCACUUUACAGUGAUGCAGUGGUUAUUUCUGUCUAUCGUCAUAAAAGACAUUGAAAUUUUUGGUUGUAAAGUGACAAAAUAUGAAUAAUUUCAUGCCAUUUGAAUAAUUUAACAGGGCAUUGUGUUUGGGUACUUUUUUUACAUGCAACUGUAAUUUCUCCCUAAAUGGCCAAUGGGGCCAUUUUUCUUUAACCCAAAAUGAUGCCUUGUCCAUUUAUUGAUAUAUGCCUCAGUAGCGUUGGCAUUAUUAGGUAGAAUGAUGAUUUAUCAAAGCUCAUCUGUAGAACUAAAUAUUAAAACAAUGUUUUCAAAAAUAAUAACGAGUUAAUGAGAUCGAACAAAGCUUCCUGGAGGUACAAAGCAAAAGUGAUAACUACUGUUGAGUGUUAGAAAAAUUUUAGUUCAUCUGCUUCCUGUGCAAACUACCGUCAGAUGUCUAAGUCUCUUUCCCUUGGUGAGAUUUGGGUUUUCCACCAACAAGUACAGAAAAUAGUUUUAAAUUUUUGUAUUAUUACCAGGGAAGAAAAAGAGGUCAGCAAAAUUAAGUUAGAGGUAUAAAAUCAACCACAGUGAAAGUAAAAUGUGGCAUUCACAAAUUUCAGUUCAUAAAACAACUAAAUACAUUUUGCAUUGAGACAAUUAUUGUUUGUCCCUCCAGCAGCCGAUGACAAUGUUUGUCCAAGAAACAAUCAAGACCAGGCAAAUUAAAUCUGUCCUACUUUAUCUAAAUCUGUUAUAUCUAUAUAUUUAUAUCUUUAUAUAUAGAUAUAUCUCUAUGUAUAAACAGAAACUGAUUAUUAGGAAUAAUAAACAGAGCAGUGAGGGAAGAAAUCUUUUUGGAAUGCUAAGUAUAAAGAUUCCUCCCCGCAUUUGGGAACAAUUGGGUUUCAAAGUUGGAGAAACAUGCUUUCACUGCUGAGGUCUGAAAGCUUGUGUAUUUGUUUUGAGCUGUUUUCUUUUUUCCCACGAAUCUGCAGCGGCUCAUAAACACAAAACGAAACAAGCUUUUGUUGUAAAUAUGUAUGAUAACCUUUUGUUUGAUUGUUUUACUAAAUCUCACUACAAUGGUAUAAUUUGUAUGUUCUUCACUGUCAGCAUAGCUUCUUGUUAAACAGACCCUUUUCACUCUGUUUACCUCAUGUCAAACAUUUGGCUUAUUGAGUAACUCAAUGACAUUUAAAUCUAUAGACCGGACUGUUUAUUUUAUCUGUGCUUUGCUUGUUUUACUCCUUCAGUUUGUGUCUGUCUUCAUCACUGCAAACCAUCAGGAAUGUAUACAGCAGCUGGUGCUUACUUCAUUACAGUCACGAGUCCAGUUAUUUCUAACUUGAACUGAACAUAUGUGCCAAGAAUAAGAGAAUAACUCCAUCCUUCGAUGAGUCCUGUGCAGUAUCUCCUGAGUGCCCUUGUUUUUCCGUCCAGGUUAGAAACGCAAAGCUUUUGUGUGUCUGCUGAAGUGCUUCCAGACGCCGGCAAGCUGCAGAUUCUUUGGAACGUCUUAAAAACGAGCCAACAGGCUGACAAUCAGCACAGAUGGUGAUGGGAUAUGCGUGGGGGCUGGGCUGCAGCUGGCUGUCACUCUGAGUCAAAGCCCCAGCAGCCUCAUCAACACCGUGUUUCGAAAAUAAUUGUUAGUUCGAGCUGAAGAAUGAAAUCUGAUUAAAAACAAAACCCAGAUACAUACCAGAUAUUGGUAAAGCUCAUUAUAUGGCUAAAAUAAUUUAUAUACUGAACUUCAUAAUUAUAUAUCAAAAAGAUUAAUAUGAAAAACAGAAGAAAGUGAUCUUAAAAAGCGAAUUCUGUUAUUUGUCAGGAACAUAUGAAACCUUUCAAUGGCUGCUUUUGUUUCCCUCUUGAAGUGUGAUUUUAUGAGAAUGGUCAAUUCCCUACAUCAGGAAAAACAGAGAAAGACAUACCUGUACCAGUGUGUCAUUCCUAACUGCUUCAAGACAAAAACAGUAUUGGUAAAAUGCUGUUUAUGUUUCACCCAAAUGCAUUUAAACCAUGCUUAUUCUGCUCAGUGGAAAGUGAUUUAGAUAAGUGGAGAGGAGUUUUACACUGCCUCCAAAUGGUGAAAAGGGUUACCUGCACUCAAUAAAGGGAAUGUAACCAUUCAAAUUUACAACAUAUAUUAGCUACAGAUACUCUUGGGUAGAUUGGAAUCCAUAUGUCUGAAUAAACAUUUUGCAAUACACAAACAUACACAUAAGUUAUGUUUCAAUAGCUAAAAGACACAAAUAAAUAUUCACUUUUAGUCAAUGUUGAAAAUGUACUUACUUGAUUGAAGACCCUUGCCGUUGAGAGAAGAAGCUAAGUUUAUUCUUAUUUCUGCUAGCAAAUUUAGCAUUUUUGCCGCUAAAUUAGCUAAAGUUGGAUAAAAACUUAAAUUCUUGUUCCAGCACGGAAACAUUUUCAACCGCAACAAGUCCCAUGGCAGUUCUUAGUCUUCACACUGAAUUCUGUAUGCACAUUAACAUAAACAUAUGGGUAAUUUCUCCAAACAAACAAAAACACUUCUGUUAUUUUUCAGGAUCAGCUAGUUUCCUUGAGAGAAUUUUUAGUGAGCCACACUGAUAUGAAAGAUUUUCAGAAAGUUUUUAAGAAAAUGUGACUUAGGUACUUUGACUAAUACGGAACUUUAUCUUAAAACACUUUGUAUAUACAUAAUACAAAGGUUAAAUUAGAAAUUUAAAAGAGUAAAAACAAAGCCAUUGAACUUAAACAUGCUUUCACAGGUUGCUCACACUUACAGCUAUAUCCUUUAUUUAUAUGAAAGUUAAUUUGUAAGACUAUAGGAGUAUUGUUUCGAAAAAUGUGGUUGUAAAAAAAAUAGAUACAACAAUCUUUUUUCACAUAUCAUCCAGGUAUAAAACAUAUACAACAACAAAAAUAAUCCAAACUCUUAUGAUUCAAUGCAGAUCAGGCUAGCCAAAUGUUGCAAUAUGAUGAUAAACAUGAGUAAGUUAUUUCAAAUGUAUAUUUGGAAAACUGAAAUUGACGGUAGAAAUCUGUUCUAGGGUUGUUAUACCCUUUUUGAAAUAAUGACAACUGAGGGCAAGACCAAGUUGUUUUUGUGAACUGAUUAUUAGUGCGUCUGAUUUUGUGAUGAGACUUCAAAGGUGCGGGUGUUGUCUGUGCGUGAUGGAGCUGAGGUUGCCAGUGAUGAGGGCCGGUUUGUUUGUGUGUGUGUGCGUGUGUGGGUGGAUGCAGAGUAGAGGAAACCAGAGCCAGGAGGCAGCUGCAGUACAUCUGUCUUACACUGACACAUGUGGCAUUUGACUUCCAGUGUGAAGUUCAAAAGAGUUUUAUAAUGACGCAGCUGUUUAAGGGUGUCUGUGUGUCCUGUGUGUCAUGUGUGUUGGGGUGGGGGGGAGGGGUUCUCAUUUGUUGAAGCGGGUGGAUUUUGAGCAUUGAGAGAGAUGUGAGGGCAGUACAGGUGAUGCAUAAUGUUUUAGGGAGUUGAUACCUUUGUCGUGCAGCUUGCAAACACUGGACAUAUCGAAACAAAUUGUUGUGCAGCUCUAAAUUAGGUUUUGAACCAAAAACAAGUUUACUAAAACAAAACAAACAAAAAAAAGGCUCAAACAUAUUGUAAAUGUAUGAACAAAUUCUAUUGAAUUAAUUAAAGAAAUAAUUACCUGCUUGCAAUACCAUGCAAACCAUUUAACUGUUUUCACCUUACUACCACAAACCUGUAUUUUUAUGUAUUUUAUUUGCAUAUUAUGUGAUAGACCCACACUAAGUAGUGCAGAAUUGUGAAGUGGAAAAAAUAACAUGUGGUUUUCAAGUUUUUAUUGCAAAUAAAAAAAAGUCUGUGGGAAAUAA